AUGAGCGAACCCGUUGCAGUCCAACCGGCCGUGCCUUUGGGCGAAGCCGCCGCCGCCGUUGAACCCUCACCAGGGGACGUUUCUAAACCGAAACAAAGUGACUGGCCGAAGGUUGACGGGCAGCCCGCUUUUGUUCAACAUCGCAUUGCAAUCUUUGACCAACUCUCAGCAGCAUAUGCAGCCGAACUCGAACUGAAACCCCGGGACCAAAUUUCGAUUACGCUAGUCGAUGGCGUGGUUAUGGGCGGGGAAUCAUGGGAAACCACACCAGCAAGCGUUGCCGGUUCGAUAUCGAAAUCCCUGCUCGAGCGUACCGUCAUUGCGAUGGUGGAUGAUGAGCUCUGGGACCUCGAUCGACCACUUGAGGGUAGUUGCAAGCUGGAACUUCUUGACUUUAGCCACCCCGAAGCCAAAAAGGUGUUCUGGCACUCAAGCGCGCAUAUUCUCGGAGAAGCCGCCGAGAAGUGCUUCGGCUGUUACCUCUGCAACGGCCCUCCCACCACGGACCCCCCUGGUUUCUACUACGACAUGGGAAACCUAGAUCGUGGCAUUCAGGAGUCGGAGAAAUCGAUUCUUGAGAAGUCUUCGAAGUCAAUAAUCAAGGAGAAACAGCGUUUCCAACGCCUCGUCAUGUCCAAGGCCGAUCUUAUCAGGAUGUUUGAGUACAGUCCAUACAAACUCUACUUUAUCGAGCAACGAGUUCCCAAUGGUGGGAGCAGCACGGUCUACCGAUGUGGCCCUCUGAUAGACCUUUGCCGGGGACCGCAUGUACAACACACCGGGAAGAUCAAGGCCUUCUCGGUUCUUCGACUAGGAUCAGCUUAUUGGCUUGGUGACCAGAAGAACGAGUCCCUUCAGCGCGUGGCGGGCAUCUCUUUUCCCGACAAACAGCAGCUAGCGGACUACCACCACUUCCUCGCCGAAGCCGCUAAGAGGAACCACCGGAAGAUCGGAGCCGAUCAGAAACUCUUCUUCUUCGAUCCUGUCUCUCCAGGCUCGUGCUUCUUUCUACCUCAUGGCACCAGAAUCUACAACGCCAUGCUUGACUUGCUCCGGCAAGAAUACCGAAAGCGCGGCUACGAUGAGGUUAUCACGCCCAACAUGUACAAGGCAGAUCUGUGGAAGACUUCUGGGCACUGGGACCACUACGCUGAUGGCAUGUUCACUUUCGAGAUCGAGAAGGAGCAAUAUGGGCUGAAACCCAUGAACUGCCCAGGCCACUGCAAGGUCUUUGCGCAUUCUGAUGUUUCCUACAAGGAUUUGCCAUGGCGGAUGGCGGACUUUGGGGUAGUACAUCGGAAUGAGUUCUCGGGUGCUCUCACUGGCCUGACACGAGUGCGCCGCUUUGUGCAAGACGACGCACACAUCUUCUGCACGCCGGAGCAGGUUAGUUCCGAGAUCGAUGGGAUCUUUGACUUCCUCAGGAGUGUGUAUGGCAUCUGUGGCUUCUCUUUCAAGAUCAAGCUCUCCACCAGACCCGAGAAGUACAUUGGGGAAAUCAGCGUUUGGGACGAGGCUGAGUCAAAGCUCAAAGCCGCGCUUGAUAAGUUUACCAGCUCCUUGGGCUCUUCAUGGGAGGAAAAGCCUGGUGAUGGUGCCUUCUAUGGCCCCAAGAUCGACAUUGAACUCACCGAUGCACUGCAACGCGAACACCAGUGCGGAACGAUCCAACUGGACUUCAACCUCCCACGGCGCUUCAAGCUCCGGUAUGUGAAGGGGGAGAACACCGGGUCAGAAUCCGCCGACCAGAACCUCGAAGAAGACCUCCCCGCGGGUUAUGCUCGGCCAGUGAUGAUCCACCGCGCCAUUUUUGGAAGUUUCGAGAGGAUGUUUGGUGUUCUAGUUGAGCAUUUUGGUGGGAAGUGGCCCUUCUGGCUCAGUCCUCGUCAGGUCCUGGUGAUUCCCGUCAUGCCAGCCCUGAACGACUAUGCGGAAGAGGUUCGAAAUCUACUCCGGGAGCGUGGUCUGUACGUCGAUGCCGACUUGAGCGGCAACACACUCCAGAAGAAAGUCCGCUCAGGCCAACUUGACCAGUACAACUUUAUAUUUGUUGUUGGAGCGGAGGAAAAAAGGUCCCGCGGCGUCAAUAUCCGCAACCGCGAUGAUAUUACAACCCAAGCAAAGGGAAGCCUCAUUCCCCUGAGGGAUGCCGUUGAGCAUAUGGUCUGUUUGCGGGACGAGCGAAGACUCCAAAACGGCUUCUAGAUACGUCACCGGGGUAUUAUAGCGAGUGAUGCUGUACUUUCUUCGCCUUAUCUCUUGAUAUAUGGAACUCAUCAUGCAACGCCAGCACAGGGCGCAGGUUUGGGU